GUGCGCUCGCGGAAGUGCUCGGUCCCCGCGGCCGCAGCGGGGUCUCCGGGCGCCCGCGGGGCGGACGGGCCGGCGCGCCGCGAUGGUGCGUCUGUACAACCUGCAUCCGUUUGGGUCGCAGCAGGUGGUACCCUGCAAAUUGGAGCCGGAGCAGUUCUGCGGUGGGGGGAGCGACGCGCUGUUCGUGGCGGCCGGCUGCCGGGUGGAGGCGUUCGCCGUGACGGGCCAGGAGCUGUGCCAGCCGAGGUGCUCCUUCUCCACGCUGGGCAGGGUGCUGCGCAUGGCCUACAGCGAGGCCGGGGACUAUUUGGUCACAAUCGAAGAGAAAAACAAGGCUACGUUUUUACGUGCUUAUGUGAACUGGAGAAGUAAAAGGGCAGAGAACUCUCGUGUGUGUAUCCGCAUGGUGGGGCACAAUGUAGAGGUGCCCUUCAGGGAAUCCUUCAGAGACCAGAUGUCUAUUGUUGAAAUGCCGCUCUCUGAGGCCCCCUUGUGCAUUUCCUGUUGUCCUGUGAAAGGAGACCUCCUUGUUGGCUGCACAAAUAAGUUAGUUUUAUUUACUUUGACGUCCCAGGUUGUUAAUGAAGAAUUCACAGUAUUGGACUUUGAACGUUGUUUAAUUAUCCACUUAGAUAAUAUCACUCCUGUUGAAAUUUCUUUCUGUGUUGGAUAUGUUGCUGUCAUGUCAGAUUUGGAAGUCUUAGUCCUAAAACUAGAAUCGGACUCUAAAAAUGGAGAGGGAGUUCAUCACCAUCCAUUUGAGACCAACAGUCCUGUGAAACAGACAAAUACAGAUUUCAGUAAUGAAACUUCACAGAUUGAGUCAGAUGGUUUUGUUAUCUGCCAAAAGCCCAUGGAACUUCUUGGUGAAAAAAGUGAACAGUCUGGAAUAUCUGUUACAGUGGAAUCUACAGGAUUAGCUGAUGAAAAGCUAAUAUACUUCCAUGUCCAGCACCUGCUCUACAGACGUUUUACUCCUGAUAUUUCCUUCUAUGUUUCAUCUGAUGACAUCAGGUUGCAUUCCCUGCAGCUGCUACCCAUUUACCAAACAGGUUCUCUUACUUCUGAUGGGAAGAAUUCGUCUCAUGGAAAUGAGCUGCUGAGUCUUUUUUGUUUUUUCUCAUUACCUCACAUGGGCUACCUCUACAUGGUUGUCAAGUCUGUUGAAUUAAUGUCGGUCUACCAGUACCCUGAGAAGUCUCAGCAGGCAGUGCUCACGCCACAGUUCUUACACGUCAUCACCAGGUGCGGUCACAGUGUUAUGUGCUGGUCUUUUUCUUGUCUUUCAGUUCUGGAGGCCUGCCCACCUAUCAGCAUGGAUGUCUGUGUUUUAAGAAUACAACUUUUUAUAGGCUUGAAAGCCAUCUGUCAUUUUAAAAAUCAUGUGGUACUUUUGACCAAAGCAGACCCAGAAGCCAUUCCAGAGAGAAGAGAGUCACCCAGGAGGUUUCUUUCUAGAAGAGAUACCAGUGUUAAGAUCAAACCUCCUGUAGCUGAGGCUGGGUGGAGUUUGUAUAUUGUGAAUACGAUCUCAUCAGUGCAACUAUACAAAGAAAUGGUAGACUAUAGUAACACCUACAAGACUGUAAGGACCCAGAGCUGCAUCCACCUUCUCAGUGAGGCCCAUCUGUUGGUGAGAGCUGCUCUGAUGGAUGCUAGUCAGCUGGAGCCUGGAGAGAAGGCAGAGCUGCUGGAAGCAUUCAGAGAAAGCUGUGCGCACCUUGGAGAUUGCUACAGCAGGCUUGACACUCAGAAUUCCCACCUCGCUUUGCCAUACUAUAAGAUGUCUGGUUUGUCUCUGGCUGAAGUUUUGACCCGUGUGGAUUGGGCAACAGAGGAUGAAUCACAGAAACAUGAGAGAGGAUUGAUCUUUUUUAUUAGUCAUUCACUUGGUGAAAACCUGGAUGAAGAAUUAAGUGAGGAAUUAGCAGCCAAAGUGGUUCGCAUGUUUCAUGUAGCUGAGCCGAAACAAUUGCCCUAUAUUCUGUGUAGUCCGUCUAUGAGGACUGUGAAUCCCUCUUCGGCCUUGAACUACCUAAGGAAGCUGGAUGCCUGUGGCUUCUCCUUGGUUUUAGUGACUCUGGUCAAGGCAGCGCUGGCCCUGAAGAUAGGAGAUCUUGACAUGCACAGAAGUGAAAUGAGAAGUCACCCAGAGAUGAAGUUAGUGUGUGGCUUCAUUCUGGAACCUCGGCUACUGGUUCAGCAGAGGAAGGGACAGAUUGUUCCAACAGAGCUUGCAGUUCACUUGAAAGAGACUCAGCCCCGAUUGCUUGUGGCUGCAGUCCUGGGUUUACAGAAGAACAACAAAAUUGGAAUUGAAGAGGCGGAUUAUUUCUUUAAGGUGCUCUGUGGUAAAGAUGAAGAUAGUGUUCCUCAGCUCUUGGUAGACUUUUGGGAAGCGCAGCUGGUGGCCUGUCUCCCAGAUGUGGUACUUCAGGAGCUCUGUUAUAAGCUCAUAUCACAGUACAUCUGGAGAUUGUCUAAGAGGCAACUUCCUGAUACCGUACCCUUGAGAACGUCAGAGGAUCUGAUAAAUGCCUGUAGUCACUAUGGCUUAAUCUAUCCCUGGGUUCAUGUUUUAAUAUCAUCUGAUCCCUUAGCUGAUAAAAAUUAUACAGAAGACCUUUCGAAAUUACAAUCUCUCAUAUGCGGGCCUUCAUCUGACAUAGCUUCCAUCGUUCCCUUCCUGGAGCCGCUCUCGGAGGACACCGCCGCUGGCCUCAGUGUCCACGUCCUGUGCCGGACCCGCUUGAAGGAGUAUGAGCAGUGCAUAGACACACUGCUGGAGCGGUGCCCAGAGGCCGUCAUUCCAUACGCUAGCCACGAGCUGAAGGAAGAGAGCCGGACUCUAUGGUGGAAAAAACUUCUACCUGAACUUUGUCAGAGAAUUAAGUGUGGUGGAGAGAAAUAUCAGCUUUACUUGUCAUCAUUAAAAGAAACACUGUCAAUUGUUGCUGUGGACCUAGAAUUAAGAGAUUUCUUGAGUGUCCUCCCAGAAGAUGGCACUGCGGCAUUUUUCUUGCCUUAUCUUCUUUACUGUAGUCGAAAGAAGUCAUUGGCAUGACGGUGCAAUUUGAAAAACCUCACAAUAGCAUAUGAAACUGAAUUUUAAAAAACUCAGUGCCAGGUAAAAAAAAGCCAGUGAUUUUUUUUUUCUUAAACAUAUGAUUUCAAGAUGCUCAUCUUACCCCAAGUAGUGGCAACUCUUGAUUUCAUAAUUGGAGCCUGAAUCCACUUAAUUAUAUAGAAUGUGUAAAAAAAAAACCUCAAGGUGGAAGACUUCCUCAAAGAACCACUGUGUUUUUAAAGGCAGAUCCUGACUUCUAUUCCAAGGAACACCAUCAACUCCAUUGUUGAGGACAUAACCAUCAUUUUCAUCCUAGGAACACUAUUAGGGAACUUCUCCAAGUAUCCAGAAUUUUAUCUUCUUGAUUUUUCCAGAUUUCUCUACCAGGUUACUUUUCUUUUUAAAUGAUUCUCUGUGAGAAGGAUGUAAAUGUUUUGCUAUGGUAAAAGAUAUAAGCAUUAUUUUCUUGUUACUUUAAAAACUAAUACUGUCUUUCACUGAAUGCAAAGAAGCGAAAGUUUACAAAGCUGGUUGUAUCUUGGCUUUUAAUCUGAUUUGUUGAAUGCAUAUUUUCUUUCACCCAUAACCUUGUUGCCAGUUUUUGCUGAUAUGUACUCUUGGUCUUUCAACUAGAGUAUAUGUGAAAAUAAAGAACUAUAUCGUGAUA